GGGCAGAACGGUAAUUCCGCACGACUAUGUGUUUUGGUGCGGUGACUUCAACUACCGUAUUGAUCUGCCAAUGGAAGAUGUAAAAGAGGGAAUCAUGCAAGGGGAUUUUGAAUCACUUCAAGUGGAAGACCAGUUGACCAAGAGUAGGAACUCUAACAAGGUACCAGCCUUACUAAAUCCGCACAGCAGGAAACCUAAAUUAAGCUGACUGUUCUAUAUACUGGAUAGCUUUGUCAGUUCUAAACUGUUCUCCCUGGAGGUCCAAUUAUAGUCAUUGCAGGGGAAAACCUAAACUAAGUUUAAAUAUACUGCAUAACUCUAUAAGUUCUAAACUGUUCUCCCGAGAGGUCCAGUAAGGAUCAUCCCUUGUUGACCCAGUGUUACUACAGAAGGAAACGUGAACUAAACUAACUUUAUAUAUACUGCAUAACUCUAUAAGUUCUAAAUUGUUCUUCCUAGAGGUCCAGUUAGGCCAGCCGUAGCUGAUUUAGUAUCACCAAGAUCCGUAUGGAUAUUAUACUAUGGAUUUAGUGAUGCAAUUGCGAAUUCCAUAGGAUGGGUUUCGAUAUUUUUCCAGUAAUGGAAGGAGGCCUAAACUAAAUUGCUUGCGUUGGGUCUUGUGUCUCUAUACGUUUUUUCAAAGCUUAUUUAAUUUUAGAAUUCAAUGUUGGACAGGGCCUCAUUUAAACUGGCUAUUAUUUUUUUUCAGAGUUUCCGUGGUUUCACUGAAGGCAGACUAACAUUCGCCCCAACGUACAAGUUCGAUCCAUUCUCUGAUGACUAUGAUACCAGCGAGAAGAUGCGGAUCCCAGCUUGGACUGACCGCGUUCUCUGGCGACGUCGGAAGCCUAGGUCCAAGUUUACUGAAAGCGCCGUGGAUCACGCUGUCGAUGGGGGUGAACACGGGACCUUGGUUGAUAUCGACAGUGAAUCCGAGGACGAGGAAGAGGAUAUUGGUGGAGAAUCUAAUCAAAGAGGUUUGGAUAUUGAUCUUAAAGGGAUUUCCGAAAGGGAUGUUUCACACCCCUUUAGAUGUUGGUUUAAUUUAGUAAGAUACUAAUAAUAAUAGCCCAAAAAUAUGGAUCUAGAUUGUGAAAUCAAUUUUCCAUUUUAUAAGAAAACUGUAUUGAGCCACUUUAACCAUGAAGUUCUUACACAGCUCAUAGAUAAAUUCUGUAAAACGUGUUUUACACAGGGAAAUGCAAUUGUUUUAUUCAAAACAAAUGAAAAUGGAUCUUUUUGUUCCGUUUUGAUUGUUCUUGCGGUUCGAGUAGUUUCGUUUCGGCGGUUCCGGUGGUUUCGGUCGUUUCGUUUCGGUUGUUCCGGUAUAGUUUCGUCUCGUUCCCUUUCGUUUCGGGAUUUAGCACAUGCCGUCGCAGUGACAAGAUUUCACGUAUGUCACUCAUGAAAUUUAUCCCCUCGAUAAGAUCCCUGCGAUUCCUUCUCUUCAGAUUUCCAAUACAAAGUUCUUUAUGAAUUCAGUGUAUAAAACCUUUUGUCUUUUUGUGAUUUCAAGUGUGCCUAAUGAUGCUGAGCAACAAACUGUACCAUGAAUUUUUUUUUCUUUCUGUGUUGGUGUUGUGUACUUAGGUGAAUAUGAUGUUUGUGAUGUUACUCUGAGUGUAUAUCCACACCGGGCGAGCUUGAUUAAGAUGGGAAACACUCAAAAUACAAAGAACGAAAGCGAAAACGAUGUUUAAAAUACUUCAUAAUAUGGGCCAAAUUGUCUUAAGCUACGUUUACACGCUGCGAUUUGUCGUGUACGAUUCGUAUUCUAGCGUGUGUAAUCGAAUAAGCACGCGUAAAGUGGUUGCAUUUCAAAGUUCGCCAUAAUCUGAAUGAAGAGGAAUUGUGGCGUCAGCAGUAAAUUUCAUACGCCAGAAUACGAAUCGUACACGAUAAAUCGCAGCGUGUAAACGUAGCUUUAAAGAAUCGUGUACUUUCAAAAAGGAAAUAUUAAACCACAAUCUUCGUGACAGCUCAAGCACCACACGAAUAGCAGAAUAGUUUGAAACAAGAGUUUUAUGUAUGACGGUGCCCCCAUAUGGAACUCUUUACCAGAAAACAUAAGAGAAAGCAAAAUGCUUUCGAGUUUUGAAAGGAAAAUCACUACCAUAGAAAUAAUAGACACCCAUCGCUUUGAAAACACAUCAUUUUUGUAAAUAGUGUAUCUAUAUAGAAUUUUAUAUUUGAUAAUUCCUUACUAUUUUUAAACUUGUAAUACUUCGUUAUUGUCUUACACGUCCAUUGUGCACCCAGCUUUAGCUGACAACGGUAGCGUGGUUAAAUAUAAAGUUUAUCAUCAUCAUCAUCAUCAUUUUCGUUAUUAGAACAACUUUAUAUGCACCAAGAACCCAUACGGAUAGAUAAAGCGAAAGUGGUUGCUUGCAUUUGCAUUUAGGAUAUACUGUAGUUCAUUAUACGAUAUCCUCGUACACUACAGAUAUCUUCUUUAUCGGAGAGGUUUAAUUAUUUGAAAAAAAGGCUAUUUUAGAGUUGAAGAUUAUAACUUGACGGCUACCUGGUAUAAUAUGAGACACUAAAUGAUAUUUCACUAUUCUGGUCGUUUAAUUGAAGGAAAUGGAUGUAAAAUGUAAAAUUAACGAUGCUGCCAACUUCACAAGUCCAGGGUUAAAGCACUCUCAUCAACUCUCAUUGACUUUGAACUGGUUCAAAUUUUAAUGAGAGGUGAUAAGAGUUUUCUCCAUACGCGCGUGGUAAUAUCCAGUCAACUCUCAUGCAACUCUUGUUCUCAUUUGACCGGCGCAUGAGAGUGUAGAAAAAUCUCAUGCCAACUCUCGCUUCUCAACUCUCAUGCAAACUCUCGCUUCUCAACUCUCAUCAAUUACUCUCAUGCAAACUCUCGCUUCUCAACUCUCAUCAACUCUCAUGCAAACUCUCGCUUCUCAACUCUCAUCAAUUCUCAUGCAAACUCUCGCUUCUCAACUCUCAUGCAAACUCUCGCUUCUCAACUCUCAUCAACUCUCAUGCGAACUGUCGCUUUUCAACUCUCAUCAACUCUCAUGCAAACUCUCACUUUUCAACUCUCAUGCAAACUCUCGCUUUUCAACUCUCAUGCAAACUCUCACUUUUCAACUCUCAUCAACUCUCAUGCAAACUCUCACUUUUCAACUCUCAUGCAAACUCUCGCUUCUCAACUCUCAUCAACUCUCAUGCAAACUCUCGCUUCUCAACUUUCAUGCAAACUCUCGCUUCUCAACUCUCAUCAACUUUCAUGCAAACUCUCGUUUCUCAACUCUCAUCAACUCUCAUGCAAACUCCCGCUUCUCAACUCUCAUCAACUCUCAUGCAAACUCUCGCUUCUCAACUCUCAUCAAUUCUCAUGCAAACUCUCGCUUCUCAACUCUCAUCAACUCUCAUUCUCAUUUGACCAAGGCUUAAAUUAACAAAGGGAUCCUCAUUUUUUCAACUAAUUUAUCCGAGAUUGCAAAUAAACGCUAUAUAAACUAACUUUAUUGUUCAUCGCCUUCUCAGUAUGUCAAACAUUUUGUUUAUAUUUUGCAGAGAGAAGAAAAUCAUUCUACAUCCGUGACGACAAUGUAACGUGGUCCGUAGGAAAGCUGUUGUAUUAUCAUUCAGCUCAACUUAAGACAUCUGAUCACAGGUAUAGCACGACCGGAUUGAGGUUCAGCGGUUUGGCUCACGACCACCAUGGAAAGUCAGGGCUUAGAAACGGCCAAAGUCAACGACGUGACGUAUGCAUGUAGUGUACAUAUGUAUCAGUGUAUUAAUGAAUUAUGGCUGUACAACUCAUCCAAUUUUACCCUUCAUUACAAUUACUACAAAAUUACUACGAAACAUUGCAUUAAAAGGGUACUCGACACAGAGAUGAAUGGCUAUCACUGUUUCAAUUUUACAGACUGAAGAACUGUAGACCCUAAGCAACCAAAAAAAUGUCAAAUUUUCACUUUGAUCUAUCAUUGAAACUUUCCCAAGGGGAGGCGCUUGACCUUUUAUCGGAGGUACAAAAAUUCUCCCUCCCCUGAGAUUUUUGCACCUCCCCUGAAACGUCAUGCGCCUUCCCGUCUGAAAGGUUAAAUGAUAUAUCAAAGUAAAAAUUGACAAAUUUUUACGUGUUGCUUAGAGCAAGUACCAUUUUAAUGCAAUAUUUCACAAGAAACUUAAUUUGUAGUAAUGUAAUGAAGGGCAAAGUCAGAUGGCUCGUACAGUCAUAAUUCAUAAAUACACUGAAACAUAUGUACAGUACAUACAUACGUCACAUAAUGUUUGUGAUGUUACUCUGAGUGUAUAUCCACACCGGGCAAGCUUGAAACAUAUGCCCGGCCACGGUGGGAAUCGAACCUACGGCCUUUGGAAUACCAGCCCAAUUGGGCAAGAGGAAUACUUGGAAUACUAGCCCCAUUGGAUUAGUAUUCCAAAGGUCGUAGGUUCGAUUCCUACCGUGGCCGGGCAUAUUUUUCAAGCUCGCCCGGUGUGGAUAUAAUGGAUGACUCUUAGAUUUCGAAGAUGUCCUUUUUCGUCGGAGAUUGGGUCACCGUCUAUGAACUCUCCCAUGGGCCACCAAACCCGCUCGGCUCGCACAGGGCCGUUGACACACAUCACACGUGAAUCCUGUUGCGUCAGCUUGAUCUGGCCAUUUACGCCGGAGUCGGGCUUGUCGUAUUCUCUCUGUCCGACCUGCUUCAAAUGAUUGAACACCAGUAUGGAUUGCAGUUCGCCAUGAAGUCCUAUCUUCUGCACAUGUUUCCCAAGAUUGCAGCGGAACAUUGCACGAUUUUAGCGCAUCUUUCAGGCUAUCCUUAUACCUUUUUCGCGGUCUUCCCACCAUUCGGUUUCCUUGUUGUAACUCCCCGUACAACAAUAUUUUAGGUAAUCGUUCAUCAUCCAUUCUCACAAUGUGACCAGCCCACUGAAGCUGCCUUUUUUUCAGAAUGCUUUCAAUGCUACAACAUUUUGCCCACUCUAGCACUUCGCUGUGUGGCGUCUUUUCUUCCCAUUUUACCCGCAUAAUGCUACGGAGGGAUCGUUGCUGGAAAGCUUCUAGUUUUUUUUAUGUGCCUGGCAUACAGGUCCAUGUUUCCCCUCCAUACAGGAGCGUUGAUAUAACAACUGCUUUGAACAGAGCUAUUUUUGUUUCUAUAUACACUCAGAGUAACAUCACAAACAUAUUCACCUGAAUACACAACACCAACACAGAAAAAACCCUAAUUUCCCAUGGGGACCAUGAGCUGCACCUCCCUGCUUCACCUCCCCUAAAUUGUUUCUACCUCCGAUCCCACACCAUUUCUACCAAAAUCCGGCCUUGGUCAAAUUAAUAUUUACGUUCACCAUAGAUAUGGUCACUAAAUAUGGCCUGGUAACUAGCGGUGAUACUUGGAUUAAGGAAAGAUCCAUGCAAGUGGUAUCUUGAAUUGCCAACCACACUCGGGCAGCUUGAACGCACAACACCAUUACAAAUAGUGGUGACAAAAAAAAACAACAACACAGAAUGUUCAACAUAUUUCAUAUAUAUUUAGGCCAGUUGUUGCCCUGAUCGAGAUUGAGAUCCAAUCCCUGGAUAAAGAAAAGGAGGCCGAUGUCCACGAUGACGUCAUGAAGUCUAUGGGUCCUGCCGACCCGACAGUCAUAAUCAAUAGUUUGAAUAAUGAUGAGGAAAUAAACACUGAGGAAUUAUUGUCUGAGUUGGAAAGAAUUGGAAACACUGUAUUAGUCAGGUGAGAAUAAUGCACUGAUCUAACCUGAGACUGGAGAGUGCAGAGGUGGACAAAUAUUUUUUUCUUGGAACCUGGGUUUAAGGCACAAAAAUUUCUGCAAAAGAUUACAAUAAAUAGGGAAAGAUAACAAAAGUGUCAUUUUUAUUGUCUUAUGAACAGAAGCGAAAAAUGAAACUUUAGAUCCCUGUCAGGAAUCGAACCAGCUGCCCUGCGAUUACGGUGCAGCACUCUAACCAACUGAACUACAGAGGCCAGUUGCCAUCUACAAUACCCUUCAUACAAAAUAAAUCCUGAAGUAAUCAUAGUAUAUAGCGACAGUCUUGCAGGAUUAAGACACAUUUCCUGCUGCAAACUAUAUGGCUAGUUUUUAUGAAACUGUUUCGCUGUAAUGUAGGGCUUCGAUGCAAUAUGACUGUCACAAGUCUCAUUAUGUAGUGUUCAAAACGUUCACAUAUAGAAAACGACGUUUGCUUCAUGGUAAAAUACGUAACGAUUCGUAAUAUACUUUGAAAAGUAAAAUUUGUCAAUUGCAAUUCAACCACUUAGCGCUUAUUUUCAUAUUUUGUUAGUUAUUGUGUCAUAUAUAGAGAGUACCCUUGUAGUGUUUCUGUUUGGUGUUUUAUUGUAAAUUUGCAUUCAUACACACCCGUCAUGGAAACCAGCUAAUAGUUGUUGAGGCUAGUGUGUUUAAAUAAUGUCUGUCUGUAUGUAUAUGUAGGGAAGCAUUAGCACAACUUGGGUGUUCCAGAUUGGAUGAAAGGCGAGAACGACAUUGCCUCAAUACUAUGAAACGCAUAGAAAUUGAAGGACCACUGUCAAAAUAUGUUCCAUUGUCUAGGGCUAGUUCAAAUGAUUAUGAACUUAGAAACUCUAACACAUUAACAACAAUAAAAUGCUGAACAGAAAGAUAUCGCCGUAGCUUUUUUCCCAGUACAGUAGCUUUAUAUAAUAGUUAUAGUAAAGAAACUUAAGCGUGAUACUUAAUUACGAUGAUUUUAAUGCAAUUCAAUAAGAUUUUUAGACUUGAUGCAUGCAACUUAAUUUUUUAUAUAUGUAAAUAUAUAGCGUACCAAUUUUGUAAACGCACCAUAAUUCAAUCUAUUGCGAAGGUGUGUAUUUUAAACCAUUAAUAAUAAUAAUAAUAAAAAAACUAUAUAAUGAUCACAUGAAAUUAUAUCUUUUAAAAAACAAUUAUGUGGGUUUCCGGUUUCCCUAAACUUUUUUAUUCGAUCAUGCUUGUAAGUGUUUCCUCUUAGAGGAAAACGUUUGUGAAAAAUGGAAAUUUGAGGCAAUAUUAGGGAAAUUUAUCUUUGAAUGUGGAAGCACUGACUAAACAAAAUGGCGUCCGGUUGUUAGGAAAAUUAAAAAAAAGUUUAAUUAAAAAAAAAAGUUAAAACCGACCUACCCUAUACCUAAGUUUUUACAAGAAGAAAUAGGAAACACACGUAUAUUUUUUGGCCUCACAUAGACGUUUGCUUCAUAGUAAAACUCAUUUCAACUCUUGACGAUUGUGACCAAUUAUUCCUUAUGUUAUAUAGAGUAAUUGACAACGAGUUGUUUAUCACGUUUGAUGACGGCAGAUCAGCUUUAAAAGCAAUGGAACUUGAUAAUACCAAGGUAUGAGAAAAUCUCCAAGCUAUUUCUAGUGAUGAUUUUAUAUCGUGGCGAGUUUGAUAACUAUGACAAGAUAAUAACAAACUCUCGCUUGCCAAUUCUCAUACACUCUCAUCAACUUUGAGCUGGGUCAAAUUUUGAUAAGAGUAUGCUCAUGAGAGUUUUUGCUACACACGUAGUAUAAUAUCCAAUCAACUAUACUGUACCAUCAACUCUCAAUGCUGCUCCAAAACUCUUAUGCAACUUGUUGUCCAAAUCUUAUCAAUUUUCGUUUUAAUCAUGUAGAGGGCAAAAUUGCUCAAAUAUUCCAAAUUCAAACAGGAGAAGGUCCUAAUGACAAGUUUCAGAUUUUAGGUUCUUAAUCUUGCUAGGUCCACAUAUGCGAGAUUUUACCGUAUCCGGUGGAUAGCGCUAUCCGACCAACCGCACAACCGACCCCAACCAAUGGCAAAACUAGCCAUGGCAAGUUGUCAUGCUAUGCUAAUAAACCCGCUUCUAAAGGCCGGUUUCCAUUGCAGUCGCUUUGCCCGCACUGGCGGAGCGGGCUUUGAAAAUCUGCUCACGCGGGCGUGACGGGCGUCAAAAACAAUGAACGCUUCGCCCGCGCGGGCAAAGCAAACGUUAAUCGAAAAUGGCCUUAAAUAGGCUACAAAUUUGCAUGGCAUGACCUGUUGCUAUGGCUAGCUUCGCCACUGCCCCAGACCAAUGGACAAACUUGGCUAACGUUGUUUACAUCGUUGCAACCCAAUUCACAAUUUUAGAUAACUCGCAUGCCUAGUUACUAUUGUUCUAAUUUACAGAUGCAUAGAACAGAACAUUUGCUUAUCACUCCGAGUAGAUAAUUCUAAAGCCUAGUUACCAUAGAACUGUGCUGUUUGCGUUUCAGAUUGACGGGGUGCAGAUCGCUGUGAGAUUAAAAUCGGAGAGCUUGCUUUCCAAAACUGACCUGACUGUUGGCGACUUCGUCCCAAUGACACCCAGUGGCCUAAGCCGAGCACGUUCGCUUUCCGAAAUUCUCAGCGACUCCGCGGGCAACUCCGCCUCAUUGCCUGUACUACAACCUAUCAAAAUAUACUCGCAAGACUCGGACGAUGAUGACGUCAAAGAUGAUGACGUCAGUGACGAUGACGUCAGAGAUGAUGACGUUAUAGAUAAUGAUAGUGAAGGUGUCGUCAUCGAGAAGAUGAAAUCCCCACCGACCCGACCGAUUCGUCCUGGCCCCCCUCCAAAGCGAAACCCACAAAUUAUGGAACAUGACCCCGAAUCGGUGGAUAAGCGCCCACCGGUAAAAGCAAAACCCGAAAGACCGAAGCCUUUUAGCAAGGCUGGUACGAGCCCGGCGGGGUCGCCUUCCAACAAACGCAGAACUCCCCCUAGCAGACCAGGGAGGCCCUCCAGCUUACCUGUGGAAAAGACCGCGUCUUCAACUACGCAAGAGGGUAACCCUAUACCACCCGCACGGAAUCGGGUAACUGCAAAUAAUGAGGCAGGUAGUAUUGCUACUAAACCAUCUCCCCCACAGAGGCCUGGUAGUGUGACAGUUGAAAGAAAUUCUGUCGACAACGAAGCGAAGCCGUUGCCACCAAAGAGGCCUUCAAGCUCAACGGUUCAGAAAAGUGCUGUCGACCAUCGCGAACCAAAGCCUGUUCCUCCUGCAAGACUCAAAGAAAAUAUGGAGGAACAAACAACCAGUGCAGUAACAAGCAAACCAACAACACCUCCACAGAGACCUAGUUUUACAGUUGAGAAAAAUGCUAUCGACCAUGAAACAAAGCCAGUUCCUCUUGCUAGACCACGAAGCCAUGUAGAGAAGCCUGCAGAAAACGUGGAAAAACAAACGGCUAGUACAUUAGGGGGUAAACCGUCGAGAUCCGGUAGUAUUACGCUUGAGACAAGUACAGUAGAUAACCAAACAAAGCCUAUUGCCCCUGCAAGGCCACCAGGGAAUGUAGACAAGCAAACAGAUGAUAUGUUAUCGGGAAAGUCUGUCACCCCUCCUCCUAGGCCUCACAACCUUCCUCACAGGCCUCCACCGCCUUCUCCUGGGAAACCUAUCACAAAAGAGAAAGAGUUGCAACCCCAGAGAGUUAAAGCAGUGAGCCAGGUCAAGGAAUCUGAGGGACAGUCGUUACGUCAACGGUUGGGAAGUUUUAAACUGACUAGAAAACAACAGCGUGAAGAGGUAUGUAAUUGUAGUGCGGGUGUAGGUGGCCUUGCCUCGCGAUCAGAAUAGACCUUUUUUUACUUAUGAGUGAAAUUUUGAUCUAGAUAUGCCUGGACAAAAAUUUCAUCACAGCUUGAAAGAGCAUCACAAAAUUAGUAAUAUUCCGAAGUUUCGUUGCGAAAUGUUGUAAAAUGCGGAUAAUAUAGCCUUGCGAAGUUUGCCGUUUUUCAGUCAUUUUGCAUUACAAACGGGAAAUUGAUAAUCAGAUGAUCAAACUGAUUAUCAAUUUCCCAUUUGUAAUACAAAAUGAUUGAAAAACGGCAAACUUCGCAAGGCUAUAUUAUCCGCAUUUUACAACAUUUCGCAACGAAACUUCGAAAUAUUACUAAUUUUGUGAUGCUCUUUCAAGCUGUGAAAUUUUUGUCCACACUUGUCUAGAUCAAAAUUUCACUCAAAAGGGGAAAGGUCUAUUGGCGACCGCAAAUUAAGAACUAAGAUGAGCUACAAUCUUGGACAAAACACUUGAUACCAUUCCAGCCAACAUUGCAAAGUUAUUGAACAUUGACAAAACAAACUUUGUCUCCCCCUUCCCCCCCAGUUCAAUGUUGUAAACAACGCCGAUAUCACUUUUGGUUAUUCAUCAUAACACAAGCUCAACAUUGAGUUGGGGGACCGGGGGUUAAGAAGCGCAACAUGAUUCAACGUGGGACGGUUUAAAGGGCAUAUGACUCGAAAAUUGACGUUGUUAUUUUUCAGUCUCAAUUGAAAGAUCAUUGAAAACUGUAGAGUAACUUCUUUGACAGAUUUUUGUUUUCUUGCUUCGUUUUGGAGAUAUUUCAUUUUGUAUGAUAACAGAUAUGCAAAGGACCAACUUUCUACGUCACAUAUUCAUAAUGACUUCCUAUGUUAUACAGUAAUUUUGUCACUAUCAAAUCGAUUCGCUCAAAAUGAAUGAUGAGCACGAGAUUUGUCCACAACAACACCCAUGUAGGUUUUCUACUGAUUGUGUUUAGUCGUAUUAAAGAUAUACAACUUUUAGGGCUAAAUCGUUAUGCAUAUGUGACGUAGAAAGUUAUAAACUACUGGAUAGUUCAAUUAUAAACUACUGGAUAGUUCUCUGAAGCAACUAUGUCAUCAAAAAGACCUUGGGAUUGUUGUCACAAAAGAUCUCAAGUGGACGAAACAGGUUGAUGAAAUAACAUCAAAAGCGAGCUCAAUGUUAGGCUUCAUUCGUCGAACAGCCUCCGACACGCAUAACAUCCACGUGCGAAAGGUGUUGUACCUGUCCUUAGUGCGCAGCAAGUUAGGAUAUGCAGGCUUUCUGGCAUCCUUGUGUAGAAAAGUAGGACAAAAGUAGGACUAGAAUUUUAGGAAAAGUAGGAAUAAAGUAGGAAAAUGUGUAGAAAAGUAGGACAAAAGUAGGAGUUUUGGAGAUGCAAAUAACACAAAAAUAUACAAAAUUGGCCCCUAGGAUAUAUGUGGUAAGGGGUAGACCAUUAGAUAUCUGAUGGGGAAGUUGUGUGAAUUUUUGGUGCUCAAUAUUUUUAUGUACUCAUUCAUCUAUGCAGGAUUUUUUCCCCAAAACUUUUAAAUUCAUCUGCUCUGCAGCAACACAAUUCAAAUGCACGUAUUGUGCUACACAAUGCACCAAUCCACACUACGGCAAGAGCAUAUAUCAGGGCGGUAGGAAGCUCUAUUUGAUUGAGGGGGGGGGGCUGAAAGCGAGGGCCGAAGGCCCGAGGAAAUUUUUAAAUUUUGAGUCUCUGAAAUGCUAUUUCCUGGACUUUGGGGAAGAUUUGACAGAAUUCUAAUGGUCAGAAAAUAGCGUUUUAGGUAUGCCGAAAUUUACAAUUUAGUAGUACUAAAUGGGCGAAGGCGUAUUUAAUUAACUAUAUAUUGGAUAAGUUGCAGGAAAGUAUGGGUAAUAUCUUCAUUCUUUGCAGUUUGUCAUGGAUUAAAUGAUAAAGGUCUGCAUGAUUUUGAAAAAAAAUAGAUUAUUAGCACACUAUUGGGGGGCUGCUACGGCUCUGUAUAUAUGAUGCUUGAUUAACUGGGGAGGGGGGGGGUUGAAUAUUUGGAAUAUCUAGAUCGUCGGAAAUGGCACUUUCAGAGUCUUCAUAAUUUAUUGAUUAUGAUUCUAGAGAUGCUAUGAAAUUAUAUACUCGGAAAAUGUACUUCUUCUCCUCCUGAGAUAUUAUCAUCUGGGACACAAAUAGGGAAUACAAAUUGCGAGUCCUAUAGAUCUAAUUACGAGCGCUAUAACAUAUACUGAUUCCCCAAGCUGUCUUAAAAAAGUAGGAUUUUAUGAGAAAAGGUAGGAAAAAGUAGGAAAAUCAAGCAAUUUUUAAUAAAAAAUAGGAAAAGUAGGAAAGUUGAAGAAAAGUAGGAAAAAGUAGGAAAAGUAGGAUGGCAAGAAAGCCUGGAUAUGCCAGCCAGGUGUGGGCACCUCAAACUGUCAGCGACAUACUGUCAAUAGAACGGGUUCAACGUCGCACGACCAAAUUCAUCCUUUCCCUUCCUUACAGAACAGCCACAACAUACGGGGAACGACUACUGGUUAUCGGUAUUCUCCCAGUCUGCUAUUGGCACGAAUUUCUAGACUUAGUUUUUCUUUACAAGAGUAUUCUAAGCAACGAUGUCAAUGUGUCAAUACGAACAACCACCCGGACGACUAGAAACGCUGACCCUGUCAAUGGUAUUCUUCUUAAUGUAUCUCGAUGCAGGACAGUUAGCUACAAGAACAAUUUCUAUGUGAGAGCGCCUAGCGUAUGGAACAUUCUCCCUAGCAAUAUUCGCGACACUUCAAGAUCAUUAGCUUACUUUAAAAUCUCUUAUUCAAUUACUACUUAAACCUUUUAGAACAAAUAUACAACCCGGACAAUCCUAGAACAUUUAAGUCCGUGUGCGUCAAAUGCCACUCAACUCGGUCUCUUGAUAGUUUAUUAGUGAGGACAUGUUGUUGACACUUUAGCAUAAUUUGUUUUAAUGUUAUAUAUUGUAACUUAUUGUGAGGGGCCCCAUAAUUGGAGAUUAUCUCUGUGGCUAGUCCCUGCCCGAAUUGUAUGUACAUUUUGUAAAGUAUUAGUCUUAUUUAUGUCUGUUAUGUUUGGCGAAUCUUGUAAAAUUAAAAUUAAAAUUAAAUUAAAAUUAAAGUUGUUCCUUUGCAUAUCAUAUCAUAUAAAACGAAAUAUCUCCAAAACGAAGCAAGAAAACAAAAAUCUGUCAAAGAAGUUGCUCUACAGUUUUCAAUGAUCUUUCAAAUUAGACUAAAAAAUAACACCGUCAAUUUUCGAAUCAUAUGCCCUUUAAAGGGAUAUGGCAAUAUAUUUUUUUUAUUAUUUCAUUUUAAAGAACUUUUAAAAUUAUAUGUUAAUCUCCUUUACCGAUUUUGCGUAACUUUAUUAUUUCUUGAAAUAUUUUGACUUAAAAUAAUUUGCUGUCCGCCAUCUUGGAUUAAUUUUUAUCUCAUUAUCGGUGAUUUUAGUGACGUCAAAAGCAGGGUUAGCCAUAUAAAACUACAUCUAAGUGACCAAAUAACUUCAAAUAGUUACUGAAGUAUAUGAUUUUGGGCUCAUAAUAACCAAUUGCUCUAUGGAUAAAAUUCUUGCGUGACCCUGCUUAUGAUGUCACAUGCAUAUCCGCCAAAAUCCAAGAUGGCGGAAAGCUCGCUGAUUUGUGAUUUUCUCUGUUCAAAUAUCUCUAGAAAUAAUAAAGUUACGCAAAAUCGGUAAAAGAAAUUAACAUACAAUUUUAAAAGUUCUUUAAAAUGAAAUAGCAAAAAAAUAUAUUGCCGUAUCCCUUUAACAAUUUGCAAUAAGCCGCGGCUUAUUUAUAAGACAAUUUGAUUGUUUAUACGAGUCGUUUGCCGUCCCUUGAGAAUCCUUGUUUCUUUUAUCUGAUUUUUAAUGGAAAUGUACCAGACAAGGUAUCUUGAUCGUUAUUUGUUGAUUUUGGGUAAGAUAAAAGCAAUAACACAAGCUCGCGAACCAUGGUGUGAGCUUGGAUAGUUUAAACAAAAAGUAUUUUCCUGAUCCAUGGUGUGAGCUCUAUCGGAUUUGCACACCUCUAGUGAGCUCCGGCUCUUCUCGAACUACCCAUUCGCAGGCUAUGCCUGCGGAGGAGGCUACUAUGCAACAAAAAAUAUGCCUACAAAUUUGUUUCCUCGUUUUUCUAGCCACCAUCAACAUCUCUAACCAUCAGCGGACCAUUUGAUGUUAAACACGUGACCCAUGUUGACUCCACUACUGUCCAGUCUCUGCUGCAAGUCGGCGGUCACGAAGCGAGUGCCGAAAUGAAUUCUGGUUUAAAUUUAGAAACCAAUGAUUUAUCUUCGCAUACAAGUCCAAUGGGGCCGCCUGUGCCUAUUGGUAGAAGUGAUUCGGUAAAUACGAAGCCAGUACCAGUUCCCCGAAGAAAGUCCGAGAAAGAAGCCUCUGGAGAAUCACGGAGUAUGGUAGUACAUAAGGAGACGGUUAUGGAUAAAACAGGAUCUCUUGAACGGUCACCCCCAAAACUACCUCCCCGCCCUGGUAAUGAUAGUAUGGAGGAAGAGACACCGCACCCCCCUGAAAGAGUUCAUACAAUGACCGAUCAUAAGACACCCCCAGAAUUACCCAAAAGGCCUUGCAGCACAGGAGAAAAUAUUGAUACUACACCAAGUAAUCCCCCUGCUGUCCCUGCGCGGACUGAUUUAGUAAACACUGAUGAAAAUUGUCCUGUGGCACCUCCGAGGAAAGGACGGAAAAAAAUAAUUGGCCAAUAAUGAAGUUCUAUUUAAUAGAUCGAAAUUCUAUUUAAUAGAUUGAAAUUCUCUUUAAUCUCUAUUCCGAUUAGCGGCGCCAUAUUUAAAUCGUAAAGCAUUGUGGGCUCAUUGUUGAUAAUUGACCCUUUCAGCAAUGUCGCCAUCUUCAAAUUGCAAACAUUGUGAUGUAUCACGUGUAAUUGAAUGUCUCCAAAGUACUACAACUAAAAUACUUAAAGAGGAUGAGAGUGAGAGUUGGCAGUUAGCUGUUCUUAAUGCUUUCCCAACACUAUCAUGUAUUCUAUUUAAGUUAAAACAUAAUUGGAACACUCAUCAACCAUCUAUUUUGUUAAAAUGAUCUACUAAUUUUGACCAAAGACAAUUGUCUGUAUGUACUCGAACUAACCGUUGGAUAUGAGACUAACCUAAGGAAUAAUAUACAGCGCAAAUACUCAAAAUAUAAAGAGAUGAUCAUAGAACAAAAGAAAAAAUUCCAUCCGGUAAACUUCAUUAAUCUCUCAAUCAGUGCACUCGGUGUUUUUGAAAAAGAAUCUUCAGCUUUUAUACAAUUGCAUCAAGAGCUUGAAACGUUCCCUGUAACAAUUCAUGACUACCAUCUCUCAUACCGGGGGCGUGGGAGUUGAGAAAACAGUCAUGCCGCAAAUUAUUGUCAGGGCCGUAGCUAGACUCGAUAAUUGGGGGGGGGGGGUGUAUAUUCAUAUAUUCAUUUUCACGUACCGUAAAAACAAUCACUUUCAAAAGAAAGCUGUCGGGCAGAACACGAAUAUAUGAAUAUACACCCCCCCCAAUUAUCGUUCUAGCUACGGCCCUGAUUAUCGUUUCUCAAAAAGGGUUGAUAGGAAUUGAGUGGAAAUCACUGGUCAAUUAGGUCAAACGAGCAAAAAUUCACAUCAAAUUUCAGUUGAACCAGAACUUCAAGAAUUCUCAUCAAGCAAAAAUUCAAAAAUUCUCAUAAACAAAAGUUCUCAUCAAAAUUCAGUUGGAACAGAAUCAAAAUUCAGUUGAUGAGAGUGCGUGAGAUUCGGUAAUCUUUUUCCACACACUUGAGCAAAUAAAACUUGUCAAGGGAAACUUGUCAAGGGAAAAGUCAUAUUUUAUCGUUAAAUUUUCUUUUUACCAUUAUGGCUAGCAGACCAUAAUGCAUCACGAUUCAAGGUGGCGUCGCUAUUGGUAAAAAUAACCAUUGACAUUGUACUUGCACAAAAUGGGUCAGAGAUUUGAUAUUUUUAACGAUGUAAAAUGUAGAUAUUCCGUACUUUAAUAUUAAACGCAAAAACACAAACUUUAGUUUCCC